AUGGGGGCGUGGGCGCGGUGCGCCAACUGUUUGAGCAAAAACUUCUUCACUCCGCCCCCAGCUAACUUCCUGGAUAGGGAGCGCCUGCUGGAUGAGGUUCCUGAUGCAGCCUUCCCAUCCUUUCCCUCAGACAACAACUUUUUGGCUCUUCCAACUCCUGCCCCGAGUGAUCUCCUCCUUCCGAGUGGUCUCCAGGGCAGCUCGACAAGCACGCUCUGUCGAUCCUACCAGAGCUGCUCCUUCCUCAGCUCGCCGCUCCCGGUCACCCCCGGAGACUCAGACUCAGAUGAUCAACCCCUGAUAUUCUGCCGAAGGCGUACGCAACCAACCUCAGACCUGGGAGUAGGAGGUGCUGGUAGCUCAUCCGCUAAUCCAGUCUCCCGAUCUCCCAUUCUUCCUGCGUCGGCUCCCAGUUCUCCAACUGCUGAGGAUCCUCUUGCUCCACAAGUUCAGAAGCAAGCUGCACCUUCUUCCCUACCGACUCAUUCAGCCGAGCCCGUCCCUACUCCACAAGCGCCAGGUGACGUGGCAGGUCCUUCAGCUACACCCCCGCCCAGUGAAUCAAGACCGGAGUCAUCUCAUUCGGCCCCUCCAGAUCCUCCUGAACCAACAACACCUUCUCAGCAACCGCCUGGCCCUUCCUCCCACCAUUAUUAUUCCACCACCCCCUCUGAUUCAGGGCUGAUGCGACAAUCGGAUGCCCCCACCAGCUGCCUUUUUAUGAGAGGGUGA